ACGACAUGCCCCCAGCCAAGAGGCUGAAAAGCUCCAACCUGCCGGGACCGUUGCGCGACGCGAAGCGCAAGGACAUUGACAACUGGGAAACCAACCGAAUGCUUACGUCCGGUGUCGCUCAGAGAAGGGACUUCGAUGGGGACUUCAUGCCCGAAGACGAAGAAGGAACUCGAGUCCAUUUGCUGGUUCAUGAUCUCCGCCCACCGUUCCUUGAUGGCCGCACGAUUUUCACAAAACAGCUGGAGCCCAUCUCCGCUGUCCGGGAUCCGCAAAGUGACAUGGCUGUCUUCAGUCGCAAGGGAAGCAAAGUCGUGCGCGAAAGGCGUCAGCAGCGGGAACGCCAGAAGCAGGCGCAGGAAGCAACAACCAUGGCGGGCACGGCCCUCGGAAAUCUGAUGGGUGUCAAGGAGGACGAGGGGGACAGUGCGGUCGCAGUGCCCGUGGAGGAGGCAUAUAAGAGCGGAAACAAGUUUGCCAAACACCUGAAAAAGGACGAGGGCGGGCAGAGCUCAUUCAGCAAGAGCAAGACGCUCCGCGAGCAAAGAGAGUUCCUUCCGGCGUUCGCCGUGAGAGAGGACUUGCUGCGGGUGAUACGAGAUAACCAGGUGGUGGUGGUGGUCGGUGAAACGGGGUCUGGUAAAACGACCCAGCUGACACAGUUUCUGCACGAAGACGGCUAUUCGAAGUUUGGAAUGAUCGGGUGUACGCAGCCUCGUCGGGUGGCUGCUAUGAGUGUUGCCAAACGAGUAAGCGAGGAGAUGGAGGUGGACUUGGGAGAAGAGGUUGGCUAUGCGAUCCGGUUCGAAGACUGCACGAGUAGCAAGACGGUCAUCAAGUAUAUGACUGACGGCGUCCUAUUACGAGAAUCGUUGGUUCAGCAGGACCUCGACAAAUACUCCUGCAUCAUCAUGGAUGAGGCGCAUGAGAGAGCUCUCAACACUGAUGUCCUCAUGGGGCUUUUGAAAAAGGUGCUGGCCCGACGCAGGGAUCUUAAAUUGAUUGUGACAUCGGCUACAAUGAACGCCGAACGCUUCUCUCGAUUCUACGGCGGCGCACCUGAAUUCAUCAUCCCUGGACGGACGUUCCCCGUUGAUGUUCACUUCUCGCGUACCCCAUGCGAAGACUAUGUGGACAGUGCGGUCAAGCAGGUCUUGGCCAUUCACGUAUCGCAAGGACCGGGUGAUAUCCUUGUCUUCAUGACAGGUCAGGAGGAUAUCGAGGCUACCUGCGAACUGGUGGACGAACGGCUAAAGCUACUGAAUGAUCCCCCGAAGCUCAGCAUUCUGCCCAUUUACAGUCAGAUGCCCGCGGAGCAGCAAGCGAAAAUCUUCGAACGGGCCGAGAACGGGGUGCGCAAAGUGAUUGUUGCCACAAACAUCGCUGAGACCAGUUUGACGGUCGACGGAAUCAUGUUCGUGGUGGACUCGGGCUAUUCUAAGUUGAAAGUAUACAACCCUCGGAUGGGUAUGGAUACGCUGCAGAUUACACCAAUCUCUCAGGCCAACGCCAACCAGCGCUCGGGGCGUGCAGGUCGGACAGGGCCCGGCAAAGCAUAUCGAUUGUACACGGAAGUCGCCUACAAGAACGAACUCUAUUUGCAGACCAUCCCCGAAAUUCAGCGCACCAGUCUCUCCAAUACCGUCCUCCUGCUCAAGUCUCUCGGUGUCAAGGAUCUCCUGGAUUUUGAUUUCAUGGAUCCUCCGCCGCAGGAGACGAUCACCACAUCGCUCUUCGAACUCUGGUCUUUGGGGGCGCUCGAUAACCUUGGCGACCUCACCCACCUGGGUCGGCGGAUGACUCCUUUCCCCAUGGACCCUCCGCUCGCGAAAUUGCUGAUCAAAGCCUCCGAGGAGUACGGGUGUAGCGAGGAGAUGCUCAGCAUCGUCUCCAUGCUGUCCGUUCCGAGCGUAUUCUACCGCCCCAAAGAACGUCAGGAGGAAUCCGACGCCGCGCGAGAGAAAUUCUUUGUCCCCGAGUCGGAUCACCUCACGCUCCUCCAUGUCUACACGCAAUGGAAGGCCAACGGCUACUCCGACGGCUGGUGUACCCGCCAUUUCCUGCACGCCAAAGCCCUUCGACGCGCCCGGGAGGUCCGAGACCAGCUGCACGACAUCAUGACGGUGCAGAAGAUGCCCCUUGUCAGCUGUGGAACCGACUGGGAUGUUAUCCGUAAGUGCAUCUGCUCCGGAUUCUACCACCAGGCCGCGCGCGUCAAGGGCAUCGGCGAGUUCCUCAAUCUCCGCACCAGCGUGAGCAUGCAGCUGCACCCGACGAGUGCUCUGUAUGGCCUGGGCUAUGUGCCCGAAUACGUGGUGUAUCAUGAGUUGAUCCUCACCAGCAAGGAGUAUAUGUCCACCGUCACGGCUGUCGACCCACACUGGCUCGCCGAACUCGGAGGCGUCUUUUACUCAGUCAAAGAAAAGGGCUAUUCUCAGCGCGAGCGCCGAGUCACCGAACAGGAGUUCAAUCGGCGCAUGGAGAUCGAAACUCAAAUGGCCGCGGAUCGGGAACGGGCCGCCGCGGAAAAGCAGAGGGAGCAGGAGCGCAAUGACCCCUCCCGACGCCGGCAGGAGAUCGAAGUGGGCAGUUCCGUGGUCCGUCGGCCGGCUGCCACAGCCCGCCGUUUUGGAGGUGUGACUGCCUCCAGCUCUUCACGCAAUGGAGUUGGAGCUGGAGGUGGCGGAGGAGCAGGGGGAGGAGGAGGAGGGGGAAGUGUGGUCAAGAAGCCCCAGGUGAAAAGAAGACCUGGAAGGGCAUUUUGAUUGUUGUUGUUGUAUGUACAGUACAUAUAGAGGUAUACCCCG